UACCACUCAACCAAACCAAAGGAAAAGGCAAAGGCAUGGCAAAGCUGGUGGUGUUGCAGCCAACAAAGCAGCCUCUCAUCUCCCUCCUCUCCUCCUCUCUCUCCCACUUCAAUGGCUCCAAGCUCUCCCAAAUCCAGUACAAAAGGAAAGUCUGUCAUCCAAAAGGAGCAUUGCAUGUUGUUGCAGCAUCCGGCACCAAGAAAACCCUGAUAAUGGGCGGCACUCGGUUCAUUGGUGUGUUUUUGUCUAGACUCCUAGUAAAGGAGGGUCACCAGGUUACUUUGUUUACUAGAGGUAAAGCGCCUGUUACACAGCAAUUGCCUGGUGAAUCAGACAGUGAUUACUCUGAUUUUAAGUCCGAGAUCUUGCAUUUGAAAGGAGAUAGACAGGACUUUGAGUUUGUCAAGUCCAGUCUUUCUGCCGAAGGCUACGAUGUGGUGUACGACAUAAACGGACGAGAGGCGGCCGAAGUUGAACCCAUACUGGAUGCACUCCCGAAUCUAGAGCAGUUCAUAUACUGCUCCUCAGCUGGUGUUUACCUCAAAUCUGAUAUUUUACCACAUUGUGAGGUUGAUGCAGUCGAUCCGAAAAGUAGGCACAAGGGAAAACUUAAUACCGAGAGCUUACUCGAGGCGAGGGGUGUUAACUGGACAUCUUUGAGGCCUGUCUACAUUUACGGACCUUUGAAUUAUAAUCCGGUCGAAGAAUGGUUCUUCCACCGUUUGAAAGCCGGUCGCCCUAUUCCGAUUCCCAACUCCGGAGUGCAAAUAACCCAACUCGGUCAUGUCAAGGACUUGGCAACAGCUUUUGUCCAGGUUCUCGGUAACGAAAAAGCCAGCAAGCAGGUUUUCAACAUUUCCGGCGAAAAGUACGUCACUUUCGACGGAUUAGCAAAGGCGUGCGCCAAGGCUGGUGGAUUUCCUGAACCCGAGAUCAUUCACUACAACCCGAAGGAGUUCGACUUCGGUAAAAAGAAGGCAUUCCCAUUCAGGGAUCAGCAUUUCUUUGCAUCAGUUGAGAAAGCAAAGCAUGUGCUGGGAUGGAAACCGGAAUUCGACCUGGUGGAAGGGCUCGCAGACUCUUACAACCUGGAUUUCGGAAGGGGAACGUACAGGAAGGAGGCCGACUUUACGACUGAUGACAUGAUUCUGAACAAAAGUUUUGCUCUACAGUCAUAGACAAUUUGUCUCGAAAUCACUUUUAAAUUUUUCGCCUUUUCGAGUUGGCAUAUAAAAUAACUAAGCAAAAUGGUUCUAUCUCAUGUUAAUAUAAGCUACAUUUACUGUCUUUAA